AUGACGGUGGCGGUUAAAUUUAUUUAUUUAUUGUUUUGGCACUUUUGUGUGUUUGUGUUUUUAUACUGUCCUUUUGGGAUAGGCUUUCUUUUAGUUUUAUCCAAUUUUAGAGAAGAGAUAUGUAGAAGUAUGAGGAGGUUGAUGGAGUUUAUUGAAAUAUUAAGGAGGUUGAUUUAAAAAUUACUUAAAAUGUAUGGUUCUCAAUCUUAUUGCCAAAAUGGCCCAACUCGGUUUGAAAAAUUGAGUAGAGAUAGGAAAAAGUUGUAGGCACAAAUGAAAAGGAUUCGUACUUUUAACCUGAAAAGGAAAUGUACGGCCCGACUCGAUAAAAAUAAGGCUGAAAGUAUGCGGCCCGGUCCGAAAAAAUUUUCCGACUCGAAAACGGCAACACUAAUCUUACAAUAAACAAGAAAAAAAAUAAUGAAAAUAAAGAGGU